AUGCGACUCCAGUCAUACCUUACAAACCGCACUCGAAUUAACGACUUGUUUACCAAUUCGCUUGUCAUGGCCGGACUAUGCAGAGAACACUCACCACGGAAAAGAAAAUUCGCGAGAAUGGCGAGACACUCGUCUCACACUGCGAUACAGCCGUCUCAGAAUAUACAAACGGAAGAGAAGGUUGCUAACGGGAGCAGCAUCAAUUCACAAACAGCCGACCCGCAGGAAGGACAUGCCCUUGUGUCGCAGAAAGCAACAAAAGCAUCUUCGAUAACCGUUAACCAGAAAUCACACCCCCCUACCCUACCUCCAGACUUUACGAUUGACCACGCCGCAUUCAAACGAGCGGCAGCUUCGAAACUCGACAAUACCAAACACCUUUUCCAGCUUUACCUCGAGACAUUGGGCAAGAAGGAAGGGCUAAAAUCCCUCCAGGUUGUAUUAUCAAAUCCAGCAAGAGAGAUAUGCAUGCCCCAGAGAAAACAGACAGAACCUUACCUGCCCGAUGCAGUGGAAAUCCAUGGGGUUCAACGACUAGUGGAUUUAUUGAACGAAGAGCGCAGCUCAAACCAACAGAUUUUCAGAGCAUAUAAAGACCUCCCAUCGCCCGGUGUAUUAUACCUUUCUGCCCGAAGUCGAAGACUCCUAUUGCAUCGCUUUGCGAGCCCCCCUCGUCGCCUACGUGUACAUGCCGAACGAUAUCUGAAAUUGAUAGACGAUAUGGCCGAAGCGUCGUUUUAUAUAUCGCCAUCGUUAUGGACCGCAGCAAUUCAUUUGGCAGGGAAGUCCUAUACGUCAGUAAAGAGGCCCGAUCUGAGAUCGUCACUGGGAAUGUGGAGGCGGAUGGAGCAUGAAGGCUUAGUACCGAGCUCCAGCAUAGCAUUCAAUAUAUUAUAUGACGUUGCUAUUAAAGCCAGGCAGUGGAAAGUUGCCGACAAGGUUAUUGAGGAGAUGAAAGCUCGUGGACUGGAGCUCUCUCGAUUCGGAAGGGUGGCUCACAUAUUUUCCUAUGGGCUACGCGGAGAUGCUGAAGGCGUUCGGAAAGCCUACCAUGAAUUUAUUCAACUGGGCGAGGUGGUUGAUACCGUUGUUCUAAACUGCGUCAUGGUUUCGCUCCUCCGGUGUGGGGAGCAACAUGUUGCAGAAAAAAUCUACGAGCGGAUGAAGGACAUGUACCUUACCCUAAAAGCGCAACGACCCGAACUCCUAAAUUCGAGUGUAUAUCCUUCACCAUCCGAUAAUUACGCCGCCUAUAGGAAGGCAACUAAGAGACUCGGUCGCGUUCUCGGGAUGACAACGUUUCUCCGUGAUAAGCUUCCGGAACACCACCGUGCAUUACAAAGAGCUAUGCCAUUGACUCCGGAUGGCAAGACAUUCCAUAUAUUUCUGUGGCACCAUGCAAACGUCACAGGUGAUUUACAGCGUAUAAUCGCACUCCUUGAGGACAUGAAAGUCACAUUCGCUAUUCCCCCGCAGGGGAUGAUCUACAUAUUUUUAUUUCACGGCUUCGCUGCCCAUGGGGGAAAAGAGGGCACACAGUGGACAUAUAAACGCCUCAAAGGUGUAUGGAAGCAUUUUCUUCGAGCCUUGUACCAUUCAAAGUCGGAACUUAGUGCCAAACGAGGUACCAAAUGUCGAAGGGAGAAGUUUGUGUGGGAGAGCCCAUUAUCCGAUGAACCAGACUCAUCUUCCCGCGGAUCCGACAGCGUUGAAGAAGCGCGCGAAGAAUCAUCGGACUCGAUGCUACACGAUAAUGACAGGGGAGUACACCAAGUAUCUUCGUCGAACGCUUCGCGCGAGGAUGGACCCCCUAAUCCCUUCGAGGAAGACGAAACCGAUGAUGACUGGCGGUAUGAGAAUACUGUGUACCUGGGUCGGAAGCUAAUAGUUUCCUGUCUAAGGGCGCACGCUGCUUGCGGUGGGCCCGAAGCUGUGCUGGAUGUCUGGGAACGAAUUGAACGUCUUUGGAAGCCCGAGUCACAGAAAAAAGCGGACAUCCUUGCUGUUAAAACAGUUCUUGAACAGCUCGUUCCUUUCGACUUUUCACGGCUUAAAUAA